UUGAAAGUGGAAGUAGGAAGUCAGACUGCCAGACUCCAUUUUACACUUCGACAGAGCAGGAGGAGAAAAACAGGUGUUACUGGUUUAUCUCUCAGACUGGAGAAGAUGAGUGAUUUUAAAGAAGACGAAGAGGACAAAUCUCCAGUCCCCAGCUGUCUGUCUCUGGAGAGUGACCGGUCUAAAGAGGAACCUCUAGACUUCAGAGAUGAACCCGGACCCUCAGACAGGAAAGGGAAGAGGAAGAGUCCUGUUCCUGUGGAGGAGCAGCUGUCCAGCUGUGCUCUGUGUCAGGACGUCCUGAAGGAUCCAGUCUCUACCAGCUGUGGACACUGGUUCUGCAGACAGUGCAUCGCCUCAUACUGGGAGCAGCUUCCUCCAUCAGGAGACUCCUGCUGUCCUCAGUGUGGAGAAAGAUGGAGCAUUUUACAAACAGAUAGUGGUCUGCAGGAGGUUCUAGAUGAACAUAGGCUCAGUCUGAGGAGGAGAUGUGAACAAGUGACUGAAGGAACUGAUAGAAGUGAAACCCUCCUCAACAGGAUCUACACUGAGCUCUACAUCACACAAGGCCAGAGUGAAGAGGUUAAUACCCAACAUGAGGUGAGGCAGCUGGAGACAGCUUCCAAGAAAGAGACCCACCAUGACACUCCAAUCAAGUGCCAGGACAUCUUUAAAGCCUCACCUGACCAACAGACUCUCAUCAGAGCGGUCCUGACCAACGGAGUCGCUGGAGUUGGAAAAACCUUCUCAGUGCAGAAGUUCACUCUGGACUGGGCCGAGGGUUUGGGAAACCAAGAUGUCAGUCUGGUGAUCCCGCUCUCCUUCAGGGAGCUGAACCUGAUCAGUGAGCAGUACAGUCUUCUCAGGCUGCUCCAUGUUUUCCAUCCAACCUUACAGAAGGUCACAGCAGAGCAGCUGGCUGUCUGUAAAGUGCUGCUCAUCUUUGACGGCCUGGAUGAAAGCAGACUUUCUCUGGACUUCAGAAACAGUGAGGUUGUGUCUGAUGUCUCUCAGCAGUCCUCAGUCAACGUGCUGCUGACAAACCUCAUCAGGGGGAAGCUGCUUCCCUCGGCUCUCGUCUGGAUAACUUCCAGACCUGCAGCGGCCAAUCAGAUCCCUCCUGAGUGUGUGGACAGGGUAACAGAAGUACGAGGCUUCACUGACGCCCAGAAGGAGCAGUACUUCAGGAGGAGAUCGAGUGAUGAAGACCUGUCCAGCAGAAUCAUCUCUCACAUCAAGAGCUCCAGGAGCCUCCACAUCAUGUGUCAGAUCCCAGUCUUCUGCUGGAUCACUGCUGCAGUUCUGGACCACAUGUUGACUACAGACCAGAGAGGAGAGCUGCCCCAGACCCUCACUGACAUGUACUCACACUUCCUGCUGGUCCAGACCAAGAGAAAGAAGCAGAAGUAUAAAGCGGGACAUGAGACGAGUCCACAGCAGCUGACGGAGGCUGACAGGGAGGUUCUUCUGAAGCUGGGGAGGCUGGCGUUUGAACACCUGGAGAAAGGACACAUCAUGUUCUACCAAGAAGACCUGCAGCGCUGUGAUCUUGAUGUCAACGAGGCCUUGGUGCACUCAGGAGUUUGUACAGAGAUCUUCAAAAGAGAGAGUGUGAUCUUCCAGAAAACAGUCUACUGCUUUGUUCAUCUGAGCAUUCAGGAGUUCCUGGCUGCAGUCUACAUUUUGCACUGUUACACCAACAGAGACACAGAGGUACUGAAGAACUUCCUGCAGGGAGACUGGCCCUAUGAGAACAGUGAAAACAGAGAUCAGGUUUACCCAUCCCUGGAUGUCUUCCUUAAUGGAGCCAUGGAGAAAUCCCUCAGAAGUGAAAAUGGCCACCUGGACCUGUUUGUCCGCUUUCUCCACGGCCUCUCUCUGGAGUCCAACCAGAGACUGUUAGGAGGCCUGCUGGGUCGCACAGACAACCGUCCAGAAAUCAUCCAGAGACUGUUAGGAGGCCGGCGGGGUCGCAUAGACAAACGUCCAAAGAUCAUCCAGAGACUAUUCAGAGGCCAGCUGGGUCGCACAGACAACAGUCCAGAAAUCAUCCAGAGAGCCAUCAACAACCUGAAGGAGAUGAGAAGUGAUGAAAUCUCUCCUGACAGGAGCAUCAACAUCUUCCACUGUCUGACAGAGAUGAAGGACCACUCAGUACAUCAGGAGAUCACAGAGUUCCUGAAGUCAGGGAACAGAUCAGAGAAGGAACUCUCUGAGAUCCAUUGCUCUGCUCUGGCCUACAUGCUGCAGAUGUCAGAGGAGGUUCUGGAUGAGUUGGACCUGAGGAAGUACCACACAUCAAAGGAGGGACGACAGAGACUGAUACCAGCUGUGAGGAACUGCAGGAAGGCAGAACUUUCGGGUUGUGGACUCUCAGAGACUGAAUGUGAAGUCGUGGCCUCAGCUCUGAAGUCUGACCCCUCCCACCUGAGAGAUCUGGACCUGAGUUUCAACAGAGAGAUGAAGGACUCAGGAGUGGAGCUGCUCAGUUCUGGACUGAAGAGUCCAAACUGCAGACUUGAGGCUCUCAGUCUGAGGAGCUGCAGUUUGUCAGAGAUCAGCUGUUCUGCUCUGAUCUCAGCUCUGAAGUCCAACAUCCAUCUGAGAGAUCUGGACCUGAGUGAGAACGCUCUGCAGGAUUCAGGAGUGGAGCUGCUGAGAGAUCUUCUGGAGAGUCCAGACUGCAGACUGGAGGCUCUCAGACUGGAGUUCUGCAGGUUGUCAGAGAUCAGCUGUUCUGCUCUGGCCUCAGCUCUGAAGUCCAACAUCCAUCUGAGAGAUCUGAACCUGAGUGGCAACGAUCUGCAGGAUUCAGGAGUGGAGCUGCUGAGAGAUCUUCUGGAGAGUCCAGACUGCAGACUGGAGGCUCUCAGACUGUGGAGCUGCAGGUUGUCAGAGAUCAGCUGUUCUGCUCUGGCCAAAAGAUCCAAAAACCCGGGGGAAGCCACCACCUCGGACACCAACACCAUCACCUUCAGCUCUCAAACAAACACUUAUUUUAAACUUGAUCCAAAACUGUUGGAUUGUGUUCAUCCCUGCAGGAUCAGAGGUGAGACGAUCACAGCCAAGAUGCAGAAGACCUGUGACUCCGAUGUGGAACAGGAAGUGAAGACAGACAGAAAGGCUCCUGAAUCCUUCUCACCUGAACUCACAACUGAGUCUUCAUACAGGUUCAGGUGUCCUGGUCCAGGUGAGUUCCAGUGCGCUUCGACUGGCCUGGUGUUCGUCAUGGCUCAGGAGGCGGAGCUUCUGUACAGGACGGUCCCUUGGGAGGAGAGCUUCCUCCAAUCAGCUGGCAAGAAGGCAGCAGGGCCGCUGUUCGAGGUGAAGAGUUCUGAUGAAGCUGCCGUCUGCCAGCUCCACCUGCCACACAGUGAGACAGAGGAUGCGCUGCUCCUGGACGGCCUGUUGUCUGUCGUCCACAUCACUGAUGAAGGCCUGAGCAUCUUGGAGCCGCUGGAGGUCACACGCACUCACGUGGUGGUGAAGGUGCCUCACCUCUCUCUCUUUGGCCUGGUCUGGGAUGUCAUUAAAAGGGUUCUGCUUCUGCGGAUAAAGGGCAAGAUUCUGGUGUUCCUAAGACCCCCGGUCAGAGAGGAGCAAAUACUGGAUGUACAUCUGCUGCAGAAAAACGUCCCUAAGAAGGAGGUUGCUGAUCAACACAGACCUGCUGUGAACAUCACAAUCUCCACCGAUUGUGAGCUGGAACUGUACAAAGGUUACAGUGUACACUGUGAACCUGAGGGCUUCUUCAUUCAGCCUGAGAGUAAAACAUUUGAAUCAAGUUUGGGACCAGAUUACGAUCCGACAUUUCAAGUUUCCCUGACGACGAGCACAGAGAGAGUGGAUUUGAGGGUCAAGGACCAAGGUGGAAACAUAGUAUGGAAUUACCGCGUGCCACUGGAAGGUCCAAGACUUGCAUUGUCCCAGAGAAAUGUCCCAGCAGAGAGCAGAGUCUCAGCAGAGAUCAGAGUCCCAGCAGACCAGAGGCUGUUCUCAGUUCGGACAGAGUUCAUUCAAAGAGUGUCUCCAACUGUGUUGAACGUCCUUCUGGAUAAACUCUUUGAUUCUGAAGUGAUCAGUGAAUCUGAAAUGACGUCAGCCAGAACCAAAUCCAAACAUGACGGAGCACGAGAGGUGGUGGACACGGUGCGAAAUAAAGGAGCUGCAGCCAGCAGGGUUCUGAUCAAUGCUCUCCGAGAGCUGGACCCGUAUCUUUACAGAGAGCUCAACUUGAGCUGAGGCUAAACCUCGUGGAGUGUGUGACAGUUGAAGUCUAGUCCUCUUUUUUGUUACCUGUACAUUUUUCCCCUCGUCCUUGAAGGUAACACAGAUUCUGAGCGAAGGCCACUUUCCUUCUCUCUUUUCUCCUGGACUCCCUCCUGAGAGCAGCUACCCGUAUUGGCCUUCCUUUGGUGUAUGUAUGUAUAUAUAUAUAUAUAUAUAUAUAUAUAUAUAUAUAUAUAUAUUAGGGCUGUCAGUCGAUUAAAAUAGUUAAUCGCAAAUUAAUCGCACAUUUUGUAUCUGUUCUAAAUGUACCUUAGAGGAAUAUUUGUCAAGUUUUUAAUACUCUUAUCACCAUAUGAGUGGACAAAUAUUUUGUAUGCAAAUGUUUGUUUAUUAUCAUUGGAAUAAUGACAAAUAUUCUCCUGAAUUAUCUCAACAGAACAAACUGGAACCUCUCUCUCUCUCUUCACUCUCUCCCAACCCUGUCUACUUCUUUGCACUGAGCCAGUUUAUGGAGCCAGAAUUGGGUCAAUAUUUUAGCGCGCGAGUGAAAAAUGUGCUUUUACACGAACAUAAAAUGACCAUGGCGCUCACAUUAAACCCCCGCGAGUAUGGAAAGCCCAAUAUGCCACUAUUCCGCCCAUUUUUUUAAAAAACGGGCGUUUUUCUCGCCUAAAAAACGGGCGUUUUCUAAUAUGAUAAUGAGCCGCACCAUCUGUUUUGCAUAGCCAGUACAUUUAAAGUGUGUGCAACCAAUCAGUGAAGCCAGACUAAAACAAUCUGUUGAUGAAAACUUCCUGUAACCUACCCCAUUGUGAGAUUUAUAUAGAUAGAUAGAUAGAUACAUACAGUGGCGUUUCUAUAUGUGCAAAAGUGGUGGGGCACAAAAAACGUAGAUGUCUAUAAGCUUCUGCAGUGAGGUUCAUGGCUGCUGAGGCACUGACUCUUCAGGUUUACAAAUAUUAUAUU